GUGUACUGUAUCAUUCAAAAGCUGCAGACCUCGUGUGUGUGUGGUCAAGGCCUCCAAUUUGAGCGUUGAUGAUUGUAUCUGCAGUUGCGAUUUUGUCAAGCGAAUAGCGAGAGAUCGAAAUCGUUCAGUUGGUUGUUGUGUUGUAUACGUACUGCUUGGUGCCAGACAGUGAUCAGGACAGGAGAUGACGACUAUAAGUGCAGCAGGCUGGUUUGAUGAUGGUUCCAAGCAAGACAAUGGAAAGACAAAGAGGGCGGCUGGAAAAGUCUCUGCAGCCGUUUCUUCUCGAUCCAGAGAAGCUGCACCGAAACAGAAGUCACCCAAUAUUGCUGUAACGUCGUGGGGACAUGGUGUAGUCGGUUGUUCAAAGAAGACACCUUGUGCGGGCGUUGUGACGUCUCGAGGAAUCAACAAGCUAGUAAAACCGAGCACACACAAGCAGGUUGCCGCAUCUAAGUACGCGUCGUAUCGACAAGAAAUGGAGAAAAAUAGAGAUUUAUCAAGCAACGAACAUCAAGCUGCCAUAACAAUUCAAAGGCAUCUUCGAGGAUUUCAAGCUCGUCAAAUGAAGAAAAGAGAAGAGGAGAUGGCAACAAAAAUACAAAGACAAUAUCGAAGAUGGAAAGACUCGGGAUCACAUGAUUGCGACAGCUCAACGAUUGUGUCAUCAGAUUUAUCAACUGAUCUCUCUACAGGAAUCAGUGAAUUUGCUGAUCUUCAAGCCGAAAUCAACAAGUUGAAUUUCUCUGCAGAAUCCAAGUUUGAGGAGUUGACUCUUGGAGAUGACUGUCAAACACCUCGACUUGUUAUCAUUGCUUCUAAUGUACCACAUGCAAGAACCCUUCAGAGAUGUGUCCGUGAAGACGUCUUGUCAACAGUUUAUGACUUUGGAGACAGCACGUUGCCUGGGUUGCUCAGAACGAUCAGAACUGUAUUGCAUGAAUACAAACCCGGAGUGAAAGCCAAAUCUGUUGCCUUUGUCUGUCAGGGCGGUCCCGGGUACUUUUAUCUGCUGGCAGGAAAAGUCAUCACGUCUGCCAAGCUUUCUACCAACAAAGCCAUCUCAAAGUUUUGGGUGGCAUUUGGAGAUAUCAUGAGCAAAAUCAAUCCUGAUGAAGCGUACGUGGACUUCAUCGGUUCAUAUGUGGCUGGAAAUAGACAGGGCGAGCAGCUCCUGCAAGAUCUGGAGAACCUUAUGCAACCCAAUGUAGUGCACACGCGUUCGCUCUUAGAACAAUCUCCAACAGGGCUACUGAUGCUCGACACAUACUUCAACAUACCUUCGUAUAAGACUUGGAAGAUGACGAGACAUAGUAAAAUGUCACUGAUGUAGGGAUUCCACGAUUAGCUAAUUAAUUAAUUAAUUAAUUAAUUUACAACUGUCUUUAAUUGACGAGAAUUUCUAUAUUGCAAAUUUAUUAGUGUGGAGUUUAUCGAGUAAUAAACAAUGAUACUAUACUAAGCACAUGCGUAA